AUGGGAGGCGGCGGAGGGGGGGGGCGCGACGGGCACUGGGGGCGGGCGAAGGCACAUGGACGGUUGCGAGGGCGCACCACGCUUGACCGGGUGAGUAGCAGGCGACGACGACGAGGCCAUGGGCGGGCGCGCGAGCAGUGCACGGUCUACGAGGCGCGGGCCGGCCACGAUGCGGGGCAUGGGGCGAGGCCAAGGGGCCGAGCGGCGCGCGCGGUCGCGGGAAGAGGCGGCCGCCGGCCGGAGCGACAGCGGCAGCAGGCGGGGCACGCGCUGGGCGUGAUGGAGAGGCUCGGAGGCCGCGACGCAGCAGGGAGGAGCAGGGGAAAGCGGGUCCGGAAAGCAGGCGACCGCGCGUUAGAUUUGGCGAACCGCUUCCGGCGCGCGUAUAAAUUGGGGCCCUCAUCACGCGGCCUCCCCACUGCCACGCGCGCUCUCCCCGCCGCCUCUGCCGCUUCCUCGCCCCGCCACCACCACGCCACCAUGUCGCCGCGCCGCCGGGGAUCUUCGGGCUACCGCGGCGUCCGCGAGCGCCCCUCCGGCGCCUACUACGCGAAGAUCCGAUCUGGCAACGUCCGCCACGGCCUCGGCACGUUCGAGAACGCGCACCAGGCCGCCCGCGCGUACGACGCGGCGGCGUGGCGCCUAGAGAGCCCUUGCGGGCAGAUGAAUUUCCACGACGUCUACACGCGCGAGCAGACGCAGGCCGUCGCCCCGCUGCCCCGUCUUACAACAGACCAGGAUCGUGAGGAACACCAUCGGCAGGAGCGCUGCCUCCUCAUCGCCGAGGAGGACGAGCGAGCCACGGAGAAGUGGCGCCGGCGCCACCCGGAGGACGUCGCCAAUGAGAACGCUUUCUGGGCGGAGAGGACGGCAAGGCGCCGCGUGGAGUGGGCUGACAGGCGUCGGCGGAAGGCACUGGCCAUAUCACAGUGCGAUCCCGUUAACGCCGGUGGAAAGUCGUUCUUCUCGUCAGACGAUGAUCGUUGGGAUGACGUGUGGCUCGAUACCUCGGACAAGACCAGCCUAGAUGACGAUGUGGACGACUCAGAGUAG